AUGCUCAGGAUGAGGCGUGCAAGCAGAAGAAGCAGGUGUGGAGGGGUGAUCUGCAGCAGCUUAUGGGCAACGGCCAUCUCCUCCGCUCUCCUCGCCAUCUUGCUCGCCUCCACCACAUACCUUCCUGCUUCUCCCUCCGAUCCUCCGGUGGUGGGCGGCCGGCGUCGUCGGAGGCAGUGCGACGAGGAGGCCAAAUGGGCAGCCGGCAUUGCGUCCCAGCACAACGCCACCCUCGUCCUCACCGUCGACCACCUCGGCUGCGGCAACUUCAGCAGCGUGCAGAAGGCGGUGGACGCGGUGCCUGACCACGGCGCGGCUGGCGGCAGGACGCUGGUGGCCGUGGGCGCCGGCAUCUUCAGGGAGAAGGUGGUGGUGUGGGCCAACAAGACGGGCCUGACGGUGCACGGGCGCGGCAACCUCAACAGCACCGUGGUGUGGAACGACACCGCGGCCGGCUCCAGCAACUGCACCCCCUGCAGCGCCACCUUCACCGUCCUCGCCGCCGGCUUCGUCGCCUACAACAUCAGCUUCCAGAACACGGCCCCUCCGGCGGACCCGGGCGCCAGCGGCGGGCAGGCCGUGGCACUGCGGGUUGCAGGCGACCAGGCGGCGUUCCACUGGAGCGGCUUCUACGGCGCGCAGGACACGCUGCUGGACGAGCAGGGGCGGCACCUCUUCCAAGGAUGCUACGUCGAGGGCUCCAUCGACUUCAUCUUCGGCAACGGCAGGUCGCUCUACCUCGGCUGCACCAUCAGCUCCGUCGCCACCAGCAACAACAACGGCGUGACGGGGAGCAUCACGGCGCAGGGGCGCGUGUCGGCGGCGGAGAGGACGGGGUUCGCGUUCGUGGGGUGCAGCGUGGUGGGGACGGGGAAGGUGUGGCUGGGGCGAGCCUGGGGGCCCUACGCCACAGUGGUGUUUGCGAGGACGAACCUCGCCGCCGGAGUCGUGGCGCCGGAGGGGUGGAACGACUGGAACGAUCCGGCGAGGCGCCGGACGGUGUUCUUCGGGGAGUACGACAGCACGGGGCCCGGGGCGAGUAUUGACGAGAGGGUGGCGUACGCGCGGCAACUGGACCAGCGGCAGGCGGCGCCCUUCAUGGACGUCUCCUACAUCGACGGCGACCAGUGGGCAUUGCCGCCACUACCAGUAGCACUAGAGCUACCACAACAACAAGUAAUGUAGCUAGAGACACUGGAAGAUUUAAUCAGCUAAAUCACACUGAUCUUCUCGCGAGAGUCAAGGCGAUGUUAAUUCAGCUUUUGCCCUUAUACCCUCUUGUUCAACGCUCAACAAAGACACAUCAACUUCAAUUAAAAAUCGGGAAUUAAGAGAGACAUAAUCUCCAUCUCUUGCAAAAUGUAGGAGGAUUUGUCCAACGGUUAUUGUAAUU